AUGGAUGUCUGUCACUUAAUCCUUGGCCGACCAUGGCAGUUUGAUGCUGGUGUUAUGUAUGACGAUCGAGCCAACACGUAUUCGUUGGAGUGGAAGGGAAAACGCCUCCGAUUGCUACUAGGCGCCCACGAUGGCAAGCAACCCACUCCCAACGCCACACCUGCUUCUGUGAUGCAGAUCGUCUCAGGUCCGACUUUGUUGUUGAGUUGGCGAGAUUCUUCUACCUUGUGGGCACUUAUAGUUACCGACGCCACGAGCUCUCCGACUGCCCAAACUCCUGAUAUCCUUGCAGAAUUACUUGAGGAAUUCGACGAUUUAUGCCCUCAAGAACUCUCGGCCAUUCUUCCCCCAUUGCGAAAAAUUCAGCAUCAAAUUGAUCUCCAUCCUAAUGCAUCCCUACCGAACCUGCCUCAUUACCGGCUCAAUCCAACUGAGCAACAAAUCAUGCAGGGAAUUAUCGAAGAGCUAUUGAGUAAACAGCUUAUCCAGGCCAGCAUCAGUCCCUGUGCAGUCCCAGCCUUGCUUAUUCCUUCCUAA